AUGUUCAAAAAGCAAAACGACCCGACAUCUCCUGUCAACUCUCUCGCUGUUGACACGAGCAUGCAGACUGCGGAUGACACCUUCCCUCCUAGUUCCAAUGCAACGGAUGAUAUCAUUAAGUCUCAAGAUCAGUCGCAAGAUCAGGCGCAAGAUCAGUCGCAAGAUCAGGCGCAAGAUCAGUCGCAAGAUCAGGCGCAAGAUCAGUCGCAAGAUCAGGCGCCAAAGGACGAGACCGGACUGCCGCGGCUUGAAACGGGGCCGCGGGUAUACCAUACGUUAUACGUGCAUGGUUUCGUGGAUUCGUGUGUACGUCAGAAGAAUUGUGUUGCGAACCACAAAAGCAUGAUUCCUGAGUUGUUCGACGGGUUAUACGAGAUGUAUUCCAUUACGGGUAUGGACUCAUUACAAUCAUUGGAUGAAGUAACUAGCUUCAAUACCUUCCCCAGCUUCAAUCUGGUGUAUAAACGACUUAGUCUUGACAAGGCGGACUUGGAAGCUGAACAAAAAUGGUCGCGUUUGUACAAGGACACGCUCCCCGAACUAUACCUUACUCUUGAACACCGACGCGGCUCGCCAGGUCUCGACCUCAAAAUCACCGCCGAAACACCCCUUAGCACUACCAAACAUCUCUCCGCCGCUUCCCAUCCCCCUUUCGCCACCCUCUCUGACACCUGCGACAACAAUGACGUUGCUCAAUGCCAUAACAGCCAUUGGCUGCUCCAGUCCGCCGCCACUUAUGGAUGCACCUCCGGCGUCCGAUUCGAAGGCAGCUGCUACUACCCCGCCAAAAUCUCCGUACUCCCCGCCAGUGUCGAGAUCGAAACUACCUCUUGA